UCGCGUGACAGUUGUGGCCUGGCCAACCCACCCCUUAGAAAAUAUACACAAAACCCGAACUCAACACACAACAAUUUGCUGUAAAAUUCACUUCACAAUGUAUAGGAUGUGCAAUCUAUCGAAUCUGCUGAACUUCAUCAUCUGCAUUGCCAGCUUCAGCCAGAACUUCGAUGGAACCCUGGCGGUCAAGAGAGGUCCACAUCAUCCGAGGGGCGAAACCAGGAGAGUGGACCAGCAUCUCACCCAUGAGGAGCAUCGCAUCGAUGACGAUUUGAGGGACAUGGGCGUCCAGGCAAAUCUAGAUGAUUUGAGUGAGGAGGAGAAAAUCUUCUAUAUGUUUAAGGCCCAUGACAAUGAUAAUAACAAUGCACUGGAUGGCCUCGAAAUGAUUCAGUCUGCCAUGCAUCAUAACUAUGACUAUUUCAAAAACAACGAGCGGGAUGAAUACCUUCAAAAUGCCACCGAUGAGCUGGAACACUUUAUAGAGGCAAUUGAUAAAUUUCUGCUGAUUGCCGACGACAAUAACGAUGGCCUGCUUCAUUACCCAGAAUUCGUGAAGGCCAUUACCGGUGGCAAGGAGCAGCCGAAUGUGGACAGGAAUAUCCUGCGCUAAUCCCUUCAAGAUCCCGACUAGCAGUACUCAACCAAACAGAAUCCGAACAGCCGAAGUAGACACAAUAAUAGUCAUAGCAUAGUUAAAUUUUGUAGCAACUAAUCUGAUUUCCAAGCUGAACCAUUUGAGACUGUAAUACCGCAAGCAGAAAGAAACCAAGCACUGCACCUCGUUUGUACUACAACCUAAUGAUUUAAUAUACAUUUAAAUAGAUACAUAAAUAAGAUUGCA